CGAACAGUUACGCGUCGCUUAUUCUUCUUAAUAUAUACAUAAAUUACAUAUACAAAAAAAAAUGGAAAGACUUCAACGUUUAUUCGGAUCUGCUGCCGCUGGUUUAGGACAGGGCAUGCAGCCCGGAAUGGAUACACCUACAGUUGAUAAUGCCGAAAUGGUUUACAUUUCUUCUCUUGCUCUUUUAAAGAUGUUAAAACAUGGUCGUGCUGGUGUUCCUAUGGAAGUUAUGGGUUUAAUGUUAGGUGAAUUUGUCGAUGAUUACACAGUUCGAGUUAUUGAUGUCUUUGCUAUGCCUCAAAGUGGUACUGGUGUCUCUGUAGAAGCUGUUGAUCCCGUAUUUCAAACAAAGAUGUUGGACAUGUUAAAGCAAACUGGAAGACCUGAAAUGGUUGUAGGUUGGUACCACUCUCAUCCUGGUUUUGGAUGUUGGUUAUCCAGUGUCGAUAUCAAUACACAACAGAGUUUUGAACAAUUAAACCCUCGAGCUGUAGCUGUCGUAGUUGAUCCAAUUCAAUCUGUUAAGGGUAAAGUAGUAAUUGAUGCAUUCCGUUUGAUCAAUCCCCAAACAGUGAUGCUUGGACAAGAACCACGUCAAACAACUUCCAAUAUCGGUCAUUUGAAUAAGCCUUCGAUUCAAGCUUUAAUUCACGGCCUUAAUAGACAUUAUUAUUCUAUUGCUAUCAACUAUCGUAAAAACGAAUUAGAAGAAAAGAUGUUACUCAAUUUACAUAAAAAGGAUUGGACAGAUGGUUUAACGAUAGAGAACUUUACUGAACAUACUGAAGUGAACGAAAAGAAUGUUUCUAGUAUGUUAACAUUAGCAGAAGCAUAUAAUAAGUCUGUACAGGAAGAGUUAAUGAUGACACCUGAACAACUUAAGACAAGGCACGUUGGUAAACAAGAUCCUAAACGUCAUUUGGAAGAAAAAGUUGAAGCAGUUAUGGGCAAUAAUAUUAUUACAGCAUUGGGAACUAUGAUUGAUAGUGUUAGUUUUUAAAUAAAAGAGCGUAAAUAAUUAUGAUAUAUA